AUGCUUCAGGAUGAAUCUAGGAGCCAAGAUGUGGCCAAAGUUGAGGAACUUGAGUAUUUGUCUGAAAAGGUGGGACGCCCAAUAAAUGAAAAUGGUGUCUUACCGUGCUUCCAGAUGGCUACGCCUACAGAGAACAGUGAUAAACAAUGUGAAUCUUCCUGGCCUGAGAAGACCACCAAGAAUAUGGGCACAGAAAUAGCUAACAUGGAAGACUGUGAGACUGAGUCACCUCAAGAUACAGAAGCUGAGAUUGACCAUAAGAGAGAGCUGAAUACAUCGCAUUCUAAGCAAGGAAAGUACUUUUAUUAUGAUUCACCGCAUUAUGAAGAAACUGGAAUUUGGAUUCCUGUCUCGAUUCCUCCUAUGUCAGAAAGUGACCACGAAGAGUGGACCAGGGGUUUCUGUACAAACGGCGGAUACGCUCCUGAAGGAGAUGCAAGUUGGGGUCAAUGCAAUGGGGAAGAUAAAGAAAUGACUAUGUGGGAUGUGGUAGUGGAGAUGUUACUUGUGGCCAGAGGAAAGGUCAGUUCUUUUGCUUCAGCUGAUAUUGGGAAAAUUUCAUGGAUAUCUAACUGCGUAAUUGAGCAAGCAUGGAAGGAGAUGGCUCAAACUCUCACGGAGGCUAAUUUCAGUAAUGCCCAAGAACUUCUUGAAGCUGAACCACCCAAAUGGCUUCCAGAUAGUGCAGCUUCUUCCUGUAUGCUGUGUAGUGUGCGGUUUCACCCAAUAAUGUGCACCAGGCAUCAUUGUCGGUUUUGUGGAGGAGUCUUUUGUGGUGAUUGUACCCGUGGACGGAGCUUAUUGCCAGAAAAAUUUCGUGCUGGGAAUCCACAACGAGUGUGUGAUGUAUGUUGUGUGCGUCUUGAGACUGUGCAGCCGUACUUAAUGAAUCAAGUAAGCCGUGCUGCACAGUUGGCAACGCAUGAUCUGACAGACCUAAGCACUCUAAGAUCCUGGAUAAAUUUUCCGUGGGGUCAGACGAUGGAAUAUGAAAUUUACAAGGCCACAAACACAAUCUGCUGUUAUAGUAAGGUUGGUUCCUUGAGACCCGAGAGAAGAAUUCCAGAAGCUAUUUUACAAAAUGCAAAAGGCCUUGCAAUACUUACGGUUGUGAAAGUUGGAAUGGUGGUGACAUAUAACAUUGGAACAGGUCUGGUGGUUGCUCGUAGGGAUGAUGGCACAUGGUCUGCACCAUCUGCCAUUGCUUCCUUUGGUGUAGGCUGGGGUGCUCAGGCUGGGGGAGAGUUUACUGAUUUUAUAGUUGUAUUAAGAACAAGUGAUGCUGUAAAAACCUUCAGCAGUGAUGUGCAUCUCUCGGUUGGAGCUGGUUUGAGUGCAGCUAUAGGGAUCAUAGGACGUACUGCAGAAGCUGAUAUGAGAGCUGGUUCCAAUGGCUACACUGCUUGUUAUACGUACAGCUGUAGUAAAGGUGCAUUUAUUGGAUGCUCUUUAGAAGGUAGUGUGGUCACAACUCGUGCACGGGAAAAUUCCAGAUUCUAUGGUAGCCAGUCGAUAAAUGCAUCAGAUAUUCUUCUUAGUUCAUUGCCUCGACCACCUGCUGCAGCCAAUCUUUACCGAGCCCUCGGAGACUUGUACCAGAAGCUACAAGGGUGA